AUGAACUGGCUUGUGCAGGCCACCUGCCUGAAAAAUUACGGCCCGAUUGAUUGUCGAACAUAUUUGGUUAAUACUGGUGAUUCUGUUUCUUCACAGACAGAAAACCCAUCAUCGAAAUAUAGUCCUUUUUUUUCUGAGCCUUCUCAGGACCAUGAAACAAUGGCACAAGUUUUAUUCAGCAGGAAUCUGAGAUUGAAUGUAGCUUUCACUUUCUGGAGAAAGAGAAGUAUAAGUGAACUAGUAGCUUAUUUGGUGGGGAUAGAAGACCUUGGUGGUGUGGUAGAUUGCCUGCCUGUGCUUACCAAUAGUUUACAGGAAGAAAAGCAAUACAUCUCACUGGGCUGCUGUGUAGAUUUGUUGCCUCUAGUAAAGUCACUACUUAAAAGCAAAUUUGAAGAAUAUAUAAUAGUUGGUUUAAACUGGCUUCAGGCAGUUAUAAAAAGAUGGUGGUCAGAAUCAUCAUCAAAAACAGAAAUUAUAAAUGAUGGUAAUAUUCAGAUUUUAAAACAACAGUUAAGUGGAUUGUGAGAACAGGAAAAACAUCUCACUUUGGUUCCAGGAUAUACUGGUAAUAUAGCUAAGGAUGUAGAUGCUUAUUUAUUAUAGUUGUAUUGAUAGACUUCUGCUAAGAGCAUUUCCUUACUCAGAACGUCCCUGGACCACAUGAUUUUCAAAAAAAAAGUCUCAUCUGAGAACUGUGAACUGUUGAAGAAAUAAAACCAUUCUUUUCUUUAAGAAGCUACAUAAUGAAACUGCUAACAAAACCCUAACAAUCUACUUCACAAUGAAGUGGAAAAGUAUCAGAAAGGAGCAGCUAAAGUUUCUGUGAGGUGAAAGUGCACUAUGAAGAUUGUUCACCUUGCUGCAUUUGGGAUUUCCAUGGCUAUUUGGUUACACUGUUUAAGAACUACUGGGUCUUAAUGCAAUCCUACUUAGGAGUAUAAUUUAUACUAUGUGAAAAAAAUAAGACAGGGCUUGCUACUAGGAACCACAAGACCAAUCAUCUUUUAAAGAAUGUGUUUUAUAAUUAAAAAAAAACUUAAACGUAUGCAGCUAUUUUCUGAUGUUGAAAAGACUUUAAAAGUUUAAAACAUCAUAACAAAUAAUACUAAAAGUUUUGUUCAAACUGAGAUACUGUGUACACAAAAUGCCUUAAUUAUUAAU